AGAGGAAGAUCUGGCCGAGCUUGAUGAAGCAGGGGAUAGCUUUUGUGAAGGGCUGUCUUCCAGGUUUCCAGAAAUCAUGUCAGUAGGAUCACAUUCAUUCUCCCCAGGAGGCCCUAAUGGGAUUAUUAGGAGCCAGUCCUUUGCAGGCUUCAGUGGUCUUCAAGAACGAAGAUCCAGGUGUAACUCCUUUAUUGAAAAUUCCUCUGCACUCAAGAAACCCCAGGCAAAAGUGAAGAAGAUGCACAAUUUGGGACACAAGAACAACAGCACUGCUAAAGAGCCUCAACCAGAAAGGAUGGGAGAGGUUUACAAGGCAUUAAAGAGUGGACUCGAUGAAUAUCUAGAAGUGCAUCAAACAGAGCUGGAUAAGUUGACUGCUCAGUUAAAGGACAUGAAAAGAAACUCACGUCUGGGGGUGCUGUAUGAUCUAGACAAGCAAAUGAAAGCUAUUGAAAGAUAUAUGAGAAAAUUGGAGUUUCACAUCAGCAAGGUAGAUGAACUCUUUGAAGCCUACUGUAUCCAAAGACGGCUCCGUGAUGGUGCCAGCAAAAUGAAGCAAGCCUUUGGGUUGUCCCCUGCCAGCAAGGCAGCUAGAGAGAGUUUGUCAGAAAUCAACAAAAGUUACAAAGAGUACACAGAGAACAUGUGUACUAUUGAAGGAGAGAUGGAGAAUCUAAUGGGGGAGUUCUGUAUCAAGAUGAAAGGUCUGGCUGGCUUUGCUCGACUUUGUCCUGGAGACCAGUAUGAGAUCUUCAUGAGAUACGGCCGACAGAGGUGGAAGCUGAAAGGCAAAAUAGAAGUCAAUGGCAAGCAAAGCUGGGAUGGAGAAGAAAUGAUCUUUUUCCCUCUUAUUGUUGGGCUGAUCUCCAUUAAGGUCACAGAAGUGAAAGGCCUUGCUACUCACAUUCUGGUGGGAAGUGUUACCUGUGAAACAAAAGAUUUGUUUGCUGCUCAGCCUCAGGUUGUUGCUGUGGACAUUAAUGACCUUGGUACGAUAAAGCUGAACCUGGAAAUCACUUGGCACCCAUUUGAUGUUGAGGACAUGACCCCAUCCACAAGCAGCACAAACAAAGCAUCUGCUCUUCAGAGAAGGAUGUCCAUGUACAGUCAAGGCACUCCAGAAACACCAACCUUCAAGGACCACUCAUUCUUUUCAAAUUUACAUGACGAUGUCUUUGAAAAUGGGACCACAGAAGUUGAUGAGAGGCCAAAGUCUUUCAGCUUCAAUGAUAUUUCCAAUGGAGAUUGCACUCACUCUUCCAGUUUAGUUGGUUCCUCUUCUGCCAUGGAUAAUUUUAAUCCUGAAAUUACUGUCACACCUCCAGAACAUAAUGGGCAGAAGUCAUCAAAAUUUCAUGCCAUGGACAGCAUCAGUACCAACUCAUCAGUGGACUCCAUACCUGAAUCUAAAGAUAUAAAGCCGCAAGAACAUACACCAGUUAGUGAGGGAAAAAGGAUUUCAAAUAUAGAUUCUGAAGUCUGCCAAAUAUCUCCAGUUUCCAGAAACAACAUUUUCUUAGAUAAUAGUGCCCCAGUAUCUCUUCUGCAGGACACAGAUGAAUUAUCAGAGCUCAAACCUGUGGAACUGGAUACUUUUGAAGGCAAUAUCACUAAGCAGCUUGUAAAAAGACUCACUUCAGGGGAAGGUCCAACGACACCGGAAAAACUGCAUUGUGAAGGAUCAAUAAGUGGAGAAUCUGAAGGCUAUAAAUCCUGUGUAGAUGGAAGCCUAGAAGAAGCAUUUCAAGGGCUGCUUCUAGCACUUGAGCCCCAUAAAGAACAAUUUAAAGAAUUCCAAGAUUUGGAUCAAGAAGUAGCACACCUGGAUGAAAUUCUAAAAUGCAGACCACCAGUAAACCACAGCAGGUCAUCCAGUCUAAGCCUAACAGUUGAAAGUGCUUUGGAAAGCUUUGAUUUCUUGAACACCUCUGACUUUGAUGAGGAUGAUGGUGGUACCGAUGAACUUUGCAAUGGUGGUGGUCGAGGGGCUGACUCUGUCUUCUCAGACUCUGAGACUGAGAAAAACAGCAUGAACAGUUACAGGUCAGAACACCCAGAAGCCAGAGGGCAUCUCAGUGAAGCGUUGACAGAAGACACAGGAGUUGGUACCAGUGUAGCUGGAAGCCCUCUCCCAUUGACCUCAGGGAACGAAAGCCUGGACCUCACCAUAGUCAAGCACUUGCAGUGCUGCACACAGCUUAUUCAGCAAAUUGUGUUUUCCAACAAAACUCCAUUCGUAACAGGAAACCUCCUAGAUAAACUAUCACAACAGAUUCUAGUGAUUGAGUGUCUUGCAGAGAUUAGUAAUGAGAACACGGGGAACGUCAGACCUGUAAGUGAAGCAAUUCCAGAAUUUCAGAAAAGAAUCUCCCUCCUGUCCUUCUGGAACAAAUGUACAUCUCAUUCUUCUGGGAUGUAUCACACCUCUGCAGACAAGCUGAUCAAACAGCUGGAUGUCACGUUUGCUGCAGCUGUGAACGAGGAGUAUCCAGGGCUUGCAGAAACAGUAUUCAAAACCUUGGUGUCUCAUAUCUUGGACCGAGCAGAGCCUUUCCUCUCUUCCAGCCUGUCUUUGGAAAUCGUAACAGUGUUUCAGUAUUACAACUAUUUUGCCAGCAGGAGUGUUACUGACCUGGGAAACUAUUUGCUUCAGCUUGCAAGAGAAGCUUUAACGGUUCAGACUCUGCAGUCCUUGAAAGAUGAAAAGUACUUGCAGAAUGUGAUCCCAUUAACCUCCAUCAGCCUCCCGCCUCAGCAAGAAGUAUUGAGAUCUUUGGCUGUCCUCCUCCUAACUGAGAAUAAGAGGGAGACCUGUGAAGCUGUUGCAUCGAUCUUAUUAGUGGCCGCAGAAGACAAGCUCUUCAGGGAAAAGGCUCUAAUUUAUUACUGUGAAAUGCUUGCACAACCCAACCUCCACCUCCAGAAAGCUGCUUGCCUGGCACUGAAAUGCCUCCAGGCAACUGAAAGUAUUAAAAUGCUUGUCACACUUUGCCAGUCUGAUAAUGAAGAAAUCAGAAAAGUCGCCUCUGAAACCCUGCUCUCUUUUGGAGAGGAUGGGCGGCUGGCGUAUGAGCAGCUAGAUAAAUUCCCUCGUGAAUUCAUUAAAGUUGGUGGACGACGUGGGACUGAGGUGGCCACAGCCUUUUAAGUAUUCUAAUCUGCCUAUUAAACAUUUAACAACAGUCACAGUGGCUGUUUGUAUUAACCUCAGUGGUGCUGUAGCUAAACUGCAAAAACUCUUUUGAAGGAUGCUCUGAAACUUAGCAACUCAUGGACUUUUGAAGAAAAAAUGUAUAUGGCAAGUCUAACUUUGGCUUCCUAUUGUCUUUUAUUUUUCUCUUAAUGAAACAGUGAUCUGUCCUUGAUUGUGAUUAUUUUAUUUGCUUCUGAAUGAAACUGUGUGGUUGCUGUACCUCAGCAAUUGUGAGGUAUUUUGAAAUCAGCUUUGAAGCAUUUUUGAUAGAAUUUGGUGUUUGCUUUGUGCGUUUCUGCAUCUACUUGAAACAUGAUAGCUUCUUCUGAAGCCAUGAGAAAAGAGAAGAAAACUAGGCAGCAGUUCUUAUUCACUUGCCACGGUUUAUUAUAGCAGCAAAGUUUAAGAUGAACUUCUCAAGAUGGCCUGCCUCUGGAAACAGCAAGAUGCAAACACCAGUUGUCAGUUCACUGACUCAUUUUAGAUUUCCAUUCUUGCUUUCCCCCACCAGCUGGUAGUGAACUCUCACUACUCCAGAGAUUUUCUUUUGUCGUCAAGUGAGUGUGUGGGUUGGAAGCCACAAAUGGAAGGUUACAUGUACUACUUAUCCCAGAAAAGGGGCAAAUGCACACAAUAUGCUUCUUCUUUCUUUUUUUUGCAUUAAAAUCCUGAUUUCCCCUCACCCCCAAGAUUCCAAUAAGGAAAAAAGUGUUGUGCAUAAACAUAUGAGAAUCUGUUACAUUGAUAACUCAGAACUAGUGGCAGAGUUCUUGGAGAUUGUUUAGAAACACAGGGCCAAGCUACACAUGACGAAUGACACUUGAACGGCAAGUGGAUUGAGUGGAGGGCAAGUGAACAGGGAGAAAUACACUUGCCGUUCAAGUGUCAUUCGUCAUGUGUAGCUUGGCCCAUAGUCUGCAGAAUCCCUCUUCCUUGCAAAGCAUAAGAGGGUCUGUUUAUGAAGCCCUUGGAUUACUGUCCCCACCAAUGAUACAGACUAAUAGCUGGUAGCUGCUAUACAACUGUUGGGAAAAGGGUUAGUUUUUAUUUGAAAAAUGCAGAUUUUGAAGAUUCUUUUUUUAAAAGUCCAGUAAAACCACCACCCUUUGCCAAAUGCAUUGGCAAGACAGUAUUUUUGAUUGUGAAUAUUAAAAACCUGUAUAUAGAUAUAUAUAUAUAUGUAUGUAUAUUUAUAAAUUAUAUAUAAAUAUUCUCUGAUUAAAAGAUACAUCUGUACAGCCAGUUUUAAGCAUUUUAUGGAAGGAAAGUCUCUGACAAUAUGUGAAAUAAUUAUGAUUUGAUUUUUACAGCAUGUGGCUCCCAAAAGCCUAUCAUUCUCUUUUUUUGUACUG